AUGCAGCAACAAGAACCAACUUCCCAUCAAGUGGUUUUCACUCCUUUACAACUCCCAGCUGAUCUUACUCCGGGAACAUCAUAUGUAGAAUAUCAACAAAAUCAGUGGACAACAAUCAUGACAAAUACAACUGCUCUUGUUUCUAAAAGUCUGGAAACGGAAGCAAAAUUGCAAGACAAUGCCAAUUUAUUUAAUCAAAUUAAUAAUUCUUUAUUUAAACUUCAAAAGGAGCUUGAUCCGAAUAAUGUAAAAACAAUGAAAACACAACUUGUAAAUAUUCAACAACAAUUGGAAAAGGUGAUACGGAUGACGGAAAGUGUAGAGGAUUUAUUAAUCUUUAUGAGAGCACAAACACAUUAA